AUGUGCUCCAAACUUUUCCAGCCUCUUCAGAUCGGCAAAGCCAAUCUUGAGCACCGAGUAGUCAUGGCACCACUCACUCGAUUCCGCGCGGACUCCCAACAUGUCCCACUCCCCAUGGCAACAACAUACUAUGAGCAACGUGCUUCAGUUCCGGGCACUAUGCUCAUCGCAGAAGCAACACUGAUCUCACCCUCAGCUGGCGGACUUCCUCAUGCGCCUGGAAUAUGGAACCAAGAACAGGUUCACGGCUGGAAAAAGAUUACUGAGGCGGUGCAUAAGAAAGGAAGCUUCAUUUUCUGUCAACUAAUUGCUGUUGGCAGAGCCGCUGACCCAGCUCAGUUGCAUGCAGAAGGUGGUCAUGUGCUGCAUGCUCCUAGUCCGAUUCCUAUUGAGCCGGGGAUGCCGGUUCCCAAGGAGCUAGAUGAACUCGAGGUGCAGGGAAUCAUCAAUGACUUCUCAAUGGCCGCGAAAAACGCUAUUCGUGCUGGUUUUGACGGCGUUGAGAUCCACGGGGCUAAUGGGUACUUGGUCGACCAGUUCCUCCAAGACGUUUCUAAUAAGAGAAACGAUAAAUGGGGUGGUAGUAUCCCCAACAGAGCACGAUUUGGAUUGGAGGUCGCCAAAGCAGUGGCCGAUGUCAUUGGUGCUGACCGACUCGGCUUUCGCCUCAGUCCGUGGAACACAUGGCAGAGCAUGAAGAUGGUCGAUCCUGUGCCUCAAUUCACCUACUUCGUGGAGCGCCUGCAACAGCUAGGACUGGCCUACCUCCAUGUAAUUGAGUCUCGCGUCAUCAAUAACGUGGACUGCGAAAAUGAGGGCAGUAUCAAGUUCCUACUCGACGUUUGGGGGAAAUCAGCGCCUGUGAUUGUUGCCGGCGGAUAUAGACCAGAGAAUGUAGAAAAUGCUUUGGAGGAAGAAUACAAGAACUACAAGGUUGCAGUCGCCUUCGGCCGUCAUUUUAUCGCCAAUCCUGACUUGCCAUUUCGCAUUCGUCAUGACGUUCAUCUUAACCCUUACGACCGAGAGAGUUUCUAUACGCCUUUGCAAGAGAAUGGCUACACAGAUUAUCCCUUCAGUGCGGAAUUUAUUGAAAGCAAAACUAAAUGCUGA